UUUUCCUUUUUCUCUUUCUCUCUCUACAAAUUUCACUACUUUUCAAAAUUCGCCCUAAAAUCUCGAUCUGACUUCUCUCAAUCUCUCCAAAUCCAUACACAGACUGACGAUUCAAUUCAUUCUCUGUAUGUGUAUGGGAUUUUUUCAAUCUUCAGAUUCAUAUAAAUGUUGUUGUUUCAACGUAUUUCCACAAUCUGGAAGAUCCUUCAUUUCUCCACAACCACCACCGCCCUGUUUCAGAAAUUCUCCCCGUCUGCUUGCUGUUUGUCGCGGUUCAUUUAAUCGGUUGUUCGAUCGUCUGCAUGCGAAAUCUCAGCUGUCGACGCUGCCGGAGGCUCUAUGCGAGUGAGAUUUCGAUUUCGAUUCUGUUGUGUUGGAUGCAUUGUAUUUGAGAAAGGAUAGAUAGAUAGAUAAAUGCUUGUCGGAAGGGAUCUAGGGUUUUCGUACCUGGUCCUGAUUUUUUCUUUUAUUGGUCCUGUAUUCUUCUUUUUGGUACGCCGAAGAUGGCGACGAUCUGUCGCUAGAAAAGAAGAAAUUAAAAGACUUUUGAUUUUGGCGGCCGAGGAGGCGGCAAGGGUUGAAGUUGAGGCGACUGCUGACUACUACACUAAUUCAGUUCCCUUGUUUAUUCCUCUUCCCGUGCAUUAUCAGUGCGUUGUGUGUUUCUCACCCACCAAAACACGAUGUGCCAGAUGCAAGGCUGUUCGUUACUGCUCCAGCAAGUGCCAAAUCAUUCACUGGAGACAAGGCCACAAAGAGGAAUGUCACCCAUUUACCAUUCAUGAUGACACUGAUGAAGCAUUUGAUGCUGUUGAGAAAACAUCAAAGCACCUAGAAUAUGAAAGUGGCGGAAACAAUUGUGAAACAAAAAGUACUCAGCAUGCAAAUUCUGAUUUACACUAUCCUGAAGACCCAUCCUCUCAUUUGGAUUUAUCUUCAGAGUGCUCCUCUCUAAGCAGUGAAUCUGAGGAUGAGUGUAUUACUCCUGAGGAAGGAACCAAUUCUAAACAUGACUCCAAAAUUGAUAAUUCUGACAAGGCUAAGAGGAAUUGUGUUGCCGAUGUUGAGAAGAUUAAGCUAUCAUUAUCAGAGAGGACUUCUGUUAGUGACGCUGUAAAUCAUCUCAAUAGUCCUUUGAAGGAAAACCAACACAAUUCCAAAAUCAUUAACCAGACCAGCCAGAAUACAUCAUCCAAAUCUGUGAGUUCAUUUGUAAGUGACUUCAGUAAGUCUCCACUCCAUGACCCUCCAAUAUCUUCAGCGGAUUUCUGGGAAGGAACCAGCAAGACCAGUCGAGCCAGACUUGAUGCUCAUGAAGAUUCUGCUCAAAACAAAUCAAGUGCAGAUGUCAAUUCUGGCAUUGAUGAUGUACAUGCUCAUGAAGAUUCUGCCCAAGUCACAUCACUUCGAGAUGGAAAUUGUGGUAUUGAUGCUCAUGAAAAUUCUUCUCAAAUUAGAUCAAGUAGAGAUGAAAAUCGUUUCAUUGAUGACAAGAGAUCCCCUCAAAAUUCUCCCUUUAACUUGCAAAGGAAUGUGGCCUCUACUACCCGCAAAGACAUUUCUAAUGCCUCUACUCCAAGAAUUGUGGCCUCUACUACCCGCAAAGACAUUUCUAAUGCUUCUACUCCAAGAAUUGUGGUGACAAACAAAAGUAUGGAUAAGACUAUUUUGCCAGAAGUUGAACAGAGAAAGUCUUCUACUAAUCAUCAAUGUGCUUCCAAGUCGGGUAGAGAACAGUUAUUCACCAAAGGGGAAAAUCAAUUACUAAAUCCAUUGGUGUCCAAAUCUGGUGGAAGUGAAAAUAUAUUUGUUAGAGAUGCUCCUCUUUCAUCCAGCAAUAAAAUAAAUUCAGUUCAGGGUGCAAAGCCUAUGAAAUUGGAUACUUCGACUUCUGUUGCAGCUAAUUCAUCUCAUUUCAAAGAUCAUUCACCUAAUGUUAAAAAUGGCUUGAGAGCAUCCGUUUUGAAAGUUGUUGAGCAGGCAUCUAAAUCAUCAAAACACUAUUUGUCAGGUAUUCGGAAUGAGAUUGCUGGUCGACAUGACAACAAGGCUUUAUUUCCAUACGAUCAAUUUGUGAAGCUUUAUAACUGGAAGAAGUUUGACCUACAGCCAUGUGGCCUAAUCAAUUGUGGGAACAGUUGUUAUGCUAAUGUUGUGCUACAGUGCCUAGCUUUUACACCGCCCCUGACUGCUUAUUUUCUCCAAGGGAGUCAUUCUAAAGCAUGUCUAAACAAAGAGUGGUGCUUCACUUGUGAGUUUGAAAGACUCAUUAUGAAGGCAAAGGGGGGCACUUCUCCUCUAUCUCCUAUUGGAAUAUUAUCCCAAAUUAAAAAUAUCGGAAGUCAUCUAGGUCAUGGUAAACAAGAAGAUGCUCACGAGUUUCUAAGGUACACUAUUGAUAAAAUGCAGUCUAUCUGCCUCAAGGAAGGUGGGGUAAAUAAUAAUACAUCAGGAUUCUUGGAGGAAACAUCACUCAUAGGCCUUACAUUUGGGGGUUACCUACGGUCAAAGAUCAAAUGCAUGAAAUGUGGAGGUAAAUCUGAGAGGCAUGAGAGGAUGAUGGAUCUUACUGUUGAGAUAGAAGGUGAUAUUGGAACUCUGGAAGAGGCUCUUAGACGCUUUACAGCUACCGAGAUUCUGGAUGGUGAAAAUAAGUAUCACUGCAGCAGUUGUAAAUCGUACGAGAAAGCCAGGAAAAAGUUAACAGUGUACGAGGCUCCUAACAUCCUAACAAUAGCAUUAAAGCGUUUUCAGUCUGGUAAAUUUGGGAAGCUGAACAAGUCAAUCAAGUUCCCGGAAACCCUAAACCUUGCUCCAUGCAUGAGCAGGACAAGUGAUAAGUCGCCCGUUUACAUGUUAUAUGGAGUCGUGGUGCAUUUGGACAUUAUGAACACAACGCUUUCUGGUCAUUACGUCUGCUACAUUAAAAAUGUUCAGAACAAGUGGUUCAAGAUUGAUGAUAGCACUGUUAAAGCUGUGGAUCGUGAAAGCGUCUUAACAAAGGGGGCAUAUAUGCUUCUCUAUUCAAGGUGCUCACCUCGUUCCCCUAGGUUGAUAAGGAAUCCGACUAUGAGAACAUCAAAUGAGAUAACAGAUGGCAGACGAUCUGGCAGCAAUUAUCAUCCAAAUUGUACUUGUUCUCAACAAAUCCAUUCAAUUCAAGACGACGAUUCUUCUAGCGAGAAUUCUCUAUCUAUGUUCUCCGAGGAACGCUCUUGCAGUACCGAGAGCAGCAACGUGGACUCUACAACAAGCUCUGACGACAUAUUUGAACAGUUUUUAAGUGAUGUGGGUUGCCAUUGGAAUAGCCUGUGGAAGCAUUCUUCAGAUUCAGACUCGUCAUCUUCUUCAUCCUCGCCAUCUCCAUUGUACCACCACGGCUUAAGGUAUUCUUCUCAAGAUGCUGAUCCGAUUUUGUAUACUGAUAAAACGAGUAGAAAAUUAGGUAAUGGCAGUAGUUGUUGUAGGGUGACUGAAAUUGACAGAUUAGGGCGGGCUAAUGAGGGUGUAUUGUUGAGACGAUCGAGAAAAGAUUAGGGCAUCUAGUUCCCUUUUUCUUCUUUUAGAGGCCCGGGUAGUAAUAGUAGUAAUAAGAAGAGUAUUUAGAUGGGCAGUGUUUCGUUAUGGCGAAUAUGGCCAUCAUUUUGUUAAACUCUUUUAUAUGUAAUGACAAUAUUGUUAUUAUUGGUAGAUAUGAUAUGUAUAGUGGAAGGGGAUGUUAAUUUAGC